GGUCUGUGGCUAGAGCGCCAUUUCUUCCGCAGGAAGCGGAAGGGCGAUAGGGUAGGCGGCUCUUUGUCGAAGCUAGAGGACCGGCAGGCGGCAGCAGCAACUACGGCGGCGGCGGCAGAACCCAGCAGUGAUGUGGAGGUGGAGACCCACAGGAGCCCCGGACUUCACCUGAGCUACCUCAGUGGUCACCAAGGGUGGCAAGAAAAAGAAGAAAGCCCUGAGUUGGGGGGGACCAGGAUGCCUGACCGGGACAGCUAUGCCAACGGCACUGGGAGCAACAGUGGAGGCCCUGGAGGCGGUGGCAGUGAGGAGGCCAGUGGGGCAGGGGCGGGCAGUGGCGGGGCCAGCUCAGAUGCCAUCUGUAGAGACUUCCUGAGGAACGUGUGCAAGCGAGGCAAGCGUUGCCGCUAUCGCCAUCCAGACAUGAGUGAGGUAUCCAACUUGGGGGUGAGCAAAAAUGAGUUCAUCUUCUGCCAUGACUUCCAGAACAAGGAGUGUAGCCGCCCUAACUGCCGAUUCAUCCAUGGCUCCAAGGAAGAUGAGGAUGGUUAUAAGAAGACAGGAGAGCUUCCCCCUCGGCUGAGGCAGAAAGUGGCAGCCGGCCUGGGCCUUUCACCAGCUGACCUGCCCAAUGGCAAGGAGGAGGUCCCUAUCUGCCGCGACUUUCUCAAGGGUGACUGCCAGAGAGGAGCCAAGUGCAAGUUCCGCCACUUGCAACGGGAUUUUGAGUUUGAUGCUCGGGGUGGAGGUGGCAGUGGUGGUGGCGGCUCAACAGGCCCUGUCCCCCCGGGACGACGUCAUGACCUCUAUGAUAUCUACGACCUCCCUGACAGGGGCUUUGAGGACCAUGAGCCAGGCCCCAAGCGCCGGCGAGGUGGAUGCUGCCCCCCAGAUGGCCCGCAUUUUGAAUCCUAUGAAUAUAGCCUGGCUCCACCCCGAGGGGUGGAGUGCAGACUGCUGGAGGAGGAGAAUGCCAUGCUCAGGAAGCGGGUGGAGGAGCUAAAGAAGCAGGUCAGCAACCUGCUGGCCACCAAUGAGGUACUGCUGGAACAAAAUGCCCAGUUCCGCAAUCAGGCCAAGGUCAUGACCCUGAGCUCUACUGCACCAGCGACGGAGCAGACUCUGGCCCCCACCGUGGGCACUGUCGCCACUUUUAACCAUGGCAUUGCCCAGACUCACACUACUCUCAGCAGCCAGGCUCUACAGCCUCGCCCCGUAUCCCAGCAAGAACUGGUGGCCCCCACUGGAGCUCCGGCUGCUCCCCCAACUAAUGCUGCACCUCCUGCUGCUCCACCACCCCCACCCCCACACUUGAACCCAGAGAUCACGCCAUUGUCAGCGGCUCUGGCUCAAACAAUUGCCCAGGGCAUGGCACCCCCACCUGUCUCCAUGGCUCCCGUGGCUGUAUCUGUGGCUCCUGUGGCCCCUGUGGCUGUAUCGAUGGCCCAGCCUUUGGCAGGAAUCACAAUGAGCCACACCACCACUCCCAUGGUGACUUACCCCAUCGCUUCCCAGAGCAUGCGUAUCACAGCCAUGCCACACUGAGGGGGCUAUGGACACUCCCCUGGUAUAGCCUCCCAGGGCUGGGGUCGAGGGGCCCUUACCCGCUCGCCUAGCCCUCCCAGGCCCUGUCUAAAGGGCUCACUCAAGAACUAGGAUGAGAGACUACCAGGAGUUUGCUUCUGAGAAGGGGUUGGGCUGGUCUGUUCUCUCUCACCUCCCUUUUAUGAGGGUCCUCUUGUCCAUCUUCCUUCAAGCCUCACAGAGGGGGCUUGCAUAGGAGUGCAGACUGAAGCCAGCAGAGAGGAAGGACUGACCGAGGGGCUGUAUGUCCCCUCAUGGGAAGACGGGGACAUCCUGGUCUUGUCCUCUCUUCUGUAUAGCACAGGUUCCAGCACUGGCUUUGUAAGAAAAAAAAAUACCCUGCCUAGAGGGAAAGCCAGGAAAGAUUGGGAAGCGGGUGGCCAGGAGAGAAGGCCUGAUAGGAGCCUUCAGACAAUUGGGGGCCUAGUGGAGUUGGACAAUACAGGAACUGUUCCUGGGCCCAUGGGAAGGUGGGGACCAUAGUACUCCAGCCCAAAGACGAGGGGAGCGUUCAUUACCUUGGCUUGGCCUGGAAAUCCAUAGGGCAGGGCCCACCACUUUCCAAAGAAAUAAAAAAAGAAUUAUUUUUAACAAAUGGAGGCAGUGAAACUUGCUUAGAUAUUCUGUGUGGAAGAGGGGAGCAGUAAAUAGAUCUCAUGCCAAAAUGGGAUAAAGACCCACCCUCACAUGGCUUGGAUAAGGUUGGGCUGAGGCCACGUGUGAAGGGUAGGGACCCAGAACAAGACCAGAUGGGGCUUUGUGGGGUAAAAGCAUUGGAGCCACCUAGUCUAGUUUAAAAAGAGUCCCAUCUGUUCUGGUUUCUAUCUGCAUGUACUAUUCCCAGGAUACCUUAGUAACCAGGGCUCCUGGGGUCAUUUAGGGGGGCAGGUACUAAGGAGGGGUGGCUGUGCUGGGAAAUGGGAAUGGGAUAUAUAUUGACAGAUCCUUCCCUUAUUCAAACAGUAGGGCAGGUGGCAGUUGCUCUCUGAGUUGUUGAUGUCAGUUAAUAUCCCUCUUACCCCAUGCCUUCCUCAGUUACAAUGCCUUAAGCCUUCAAGGCUUGGGAGGUGCUGGGAAAAGGAAAGUUCUUCUGGGGACACGAGCCGCAGUGUUCAUCUCUUUCCUCUGCCUCCAAAUAGAACCACAGAGGUUUUAAAUCCAUUUAAGAGUCAGUAAGGCCAGGGGCCCCCAGAGCCAAACCUCAGUUCCUCCUCAGCUCAUGGUUGAUGUAGGGGAAACAACUCAGGUGUAUGACGGGACAGUGGAUUUGGGGUAGAGAAAGUGAUUCUGAGUUGUGCUUCCCCCAUCAUAUCUCCUGCUACCUCUUGCUUUCUUGUCUGGUUGAUCACUCAGGUUACACCUGGGAUUGGAGAUGGUGGGCUAAGUCAAGGCUGGUCAUAAAAAAGAAAAAGAAAUGGCCUAUAGACUAAAAGUGGGCAAAUACUGAAAUACUGUUUGUGGACUUUAGAAACCACACAUUGAUAAGCUUAAUGUUGAUUUUUCUGGCACAAUUCUGGCUUAUUAAAAGAGAUGGUUUAUAAGCAUUUAGAGACAAAUGUGAUCAUAGAUACCAACAUGAGUUCAUCCCAGCCAAAUCCUGACUGUUUUUGCUGAGUAUCCCUAAAGGGGUAGAUUUGGGAAACUGCAGACAUUGUAUGUUCCUUAUUAACAUACGCCAGCUAAAGGCCGCCAGGAAUACACCUGUAGUCGAACAAGCUGGGUUUAAUGCUCACUGCAGUGGUGGAGAAAACCUGGUGCAUGGGAUCCAUGGUGUGUCCUAGCAAGGGGGCAUUAGAAAGGACUAUCAGGACUUGGACUUUGGUUAAGUGAUUUGGGGGAAGGUUCAAGGAAGUGGGGCUUGACUCUGGAUUGGGUGGUGUCAGGGAAGCAGGGACACUUCUGUGACUGGGUAUCUUUUAUCUAGGAAAAAGGCAGACAGAGUGAAGCUGAAAUUGGUGACAAAGCAGCAGUCACUCAUUAGCUGGGAGAGGGGGAUGGUUGCUAUUUCAUGAUUUGCACACCGACCAUAUUUCGUGUUUAAACAAAAUUGUGAAGUGUGAUCUUGUUUUCUGCCUCACUUCAUCACAGUCACUGAUGCCCUUGUGUGAUGUUGUUUUGUGAGAUUGUGUCCAGUAGGAGAACACCAUUUCCCAGCCGUGAGCUCAGCUCAGCCCCUAGCAGACCCGAAGCCCCGCCGUGCCAGGCCAGUUCCCAGAUGGCAGGGCUGCUAUCCUGCUUCUCACCUGCUCAGUCAUUGCGGAUAAGACAGUAAUCACAGCUCAGUUAAUAGUCGAGUUUGGUGGGUCAAAACCCAACAUCUGUGCCUAGUAAAUGUUGAUUAGUGCGUUUUGUUAGAGAAACCUCUAGUCUCUAGUGAUAUACCCAAGGGCUACGUUCUGUUUAAAAAAAAGAAAAUAAAAACUUGUAUAAAAAUAUGAAAA